CAUGGAGUGGGGUUACCUGUUGGAAGUGACCUCUUUGCUGGCCGCCUUGGCGCUGUUGCAGCGCUCGAGCGGUGCGGCGGCUGCCUCGGCCAAGGAGCUGGCUUGCCAAGAGAUCACCGUGCCGCUGUGCAAGGGCAUCGGCUACAACUACACGUACAUGCCCAACCAGUUCAACCACGACACGCAGGACGAGGCGGGCCUUGAGGUGCACCAGUUCUGGCCGCUAGUAGAGAUCCAGUGCUCGCCCGACCUCAAGUUCUUCCUGUGCAGCAUGUACACGCCCAUCUGCCUGGAGGACUACAAGAAGCCCCUGCCUCCUUGCCGCUCGGUCUGCGAGCGCGCCAAGGCCGGCUGCGCACCCCUCAUGCGCCAGUACGGCUUCGCCUGGCCCGAUCGCAUGCGCUGCGACCGGCUGCCGGAGCAGGGCAACCCCGACACGCUGUGCAUGGACUACAACCGCACCGACCUCACCACAGCCGCACCCAAUCCGCCGCGCCGCCUGCCGCCGCCGCCCCCGGGUGAGCAGCCUCCCUCCGGCAGUGGCCACGGCCGCCCGCCCGGGGCCAGGCCCCCGUCCCGCGGCAGGGGCGGUGGCGGCGUGGACGCAGCGGCGCCCCCCACGCGCGGCGGCGGCGGCGGGAAGGCGCGGCCCCCUGGCGGCGGCUCCGCUCCCUGCGAGCCGGGCUGCCAGUGCCGCGCGCCCAUGGUGAGCGUGUCCAGCGAGCGGCACCCCCUCUACAACCGCGUCAAGACCGGCCAGAUUGCCAACUGCGCGCUGCCCUGCCACAACCCCUUCUUCAGCCAGGACGAACGCGCCUUCACCGUCUUCUGGAUCGGCCUGUGGUCUGUGCUGUGCUUCGUGUCCACCUUCGCCACCGUCUCCACCUUCCUCAUCGACAUGGAACGCUUCAAGUAUCCUGAGCGGCCCAUUAUCUUCCUGUCGGCCUGCUACCUCUUCGUGUCCGUCGGCUACCUGGUACGCCUGGUGGCGGGCCACGAGAAGGUGGCGUGCAGCGGCGGCGCGCCCGGAGCGGGCGGUACGGGAGGCGCGGGCGGCGCGGCGGCGGCAGCGGGCGCGGGCGCGGCGGGCGCGGGCGCGGGUGGCCCUGGCGGGCGCGGCGAGUACGAAGAACUGGGCGCUGUGGAGCAGCACGUGCGCUACGAGACCACGGGCCCGGCGCUGUGCACCGUGGUCUUCUUGCUCGUGUACUUCUUCGGCAUGGCCAGCUCCAUCUGGUGGGUGAUCCUGUCGCUCACGUGGUUCCUGGCGGCGGGCAUGAAAUGGGGCAAUGAGGCCAUCGCUGGCUACUCGCAGUACUUCCACCUGGCCGCGUGGCUCGUGCCCAGCGUCAAGUCUAUCGCCGUCCUGGCGCUCAGCUCCGUGGACGGCGACCCGGUGGCCGGCAUCUGCUACGUGGGCAACCAGAGCCUCGACAACCUGCGCGGCUUCGUGCUAGCGCCGCUCGUCAUCUACCUCUUCAUCGGCACCAUGUUCCUGCUGGCCGGCUUCGUGUCGCUCUUCCGCAUCCGCUCAGUCAUCAAGCAGCAGGGCGGCCCCACCAAGACGCACAAACUGGAGAAGCUCAUGAUCCGCCUGGGUCUCUUCACCGUACUCUACACCGUGCCCGCCGCCGUCGUGGUCGCCUGCCUCUUCUAUGAGCAGCACAACCGCCCGCGCUGGGAGGCCACGCACAACUGCCCGUGUCUGCGGGACCUGCAGCCAGACCAAGCGCGCCGGCCCGACUACGCCGUCUUCAUGCUCAAGUACUUCAUGUGCCUCGUGGUGGGCAUCACCUCGGGCGUGUGGGUCUGGUCCGGCAAGACUCUCGAGUCGUGGCGCGCCCUGUGCACCCGCUGCUGCUGGGCCAGCAAGGGUGCUUCGGGGGGCGCAGGCGCUGGGGCCGCCGGGGGGGGUGGGGUGCCGGGAGGUGGUGGGGGCGUGGGGUCCGGUGGGGGCGGGGUCCCGGGCGGUGGGGCGGGAUCCCUCUACAGCGACGUCAGCACCGGCCUGACGUGGCGAUCUGGCACGGCCAGCUCCGUGUCUUAUCCAAAGCAAAUGCCAUUGUCCCAGGUCUGAGCGGAGGGGAGGGGGCACCCGGAAGGAAUGGGGAGGGGGGCGAGGAAACCUAGUGCAGCGAAGGGACAGUCGACGGGCUGAGGUUCCCACCCCUUCACCGUGUUGAUUGCUAUUAGCAUGAUAAUGAACUCUUAAUGGUAUCCAUUAGCUGGGACUUAAAUGACUCGCUUAGAACAAAGUACCUGGCAUUGAAGGCUCCCAGACCCAGCCCCCUUUCCUCCAUUGAUAUGCGUGGAGCUCCUCUCGCCAGGCGUUAAUCUCUGUUGGCAGCGGAGGGUGGACUCUGCUGCUGCGUUUCAGAACGCAAGGUUUGUAGCCCUCGCUGGUUGCCAUUUGCUGAGCUUGAAGCCAGAUCUACAGAUUUCACCUGAGGGACCUGUUUUUCUCCCUCUACUCUCCUACGUAAAUUCUUACUCCUAACAUAUCCUAGAGGAGGGAUCACCGCGACCUAAUGGAAUUGCACGGUUUGGGUAUUCUUAAUGACCAGGCAAAUGCCUUAAAUAAACAAACAAGAAAUGUCUUAAUUAUACACCCCAAAUCAAUACGGGUUUCUUACAUUAGAGGAUGUAUUUAUAUAAUUAUUUGUUAAAUUGUAAAAAUGUGUAAAAUAUGUACAUAUUCAAAGAUAUACAGUCUGUACAUUUUUUUUGUAAAAAGUUUAGAGGCCACCCCUGUAAGAACAAAUAUAAGUAUUCUAUUUUGUCAAUAAAAUGACUUUUGAUAAAUGA